AUGAUCAGUAGUGCAGGUACUAGUGGACAGAGAAUUAGUAUUACAGCGGGUGGAGUCAGGAUCAGCAGUGGAGGCAGUCGAGUGAUUACCAGCAGUGGUGGUCCAGCCAGCAGCCCCAGCAGAGUGACCAUCAGGAACACAGGAAGCGGAGGCAGUGGAGGUGGAGGCAAAGAGCGGAUCAGCGUCUGUAAAAUGGCCGCCCUCUCCAUAUCAGCUGCCGUGAAAGAAAAAGAAAAGGCCCAGGAGGUCCGUCGGGAAUCCUACACAAAACAGGUGUCAGGUGAGAACCGCAGUUUUCAAAGUGGGUUAACAGAGACACAUUUUCAGCUUGACUGUUCUUGUAAAGUCGUAUUCAUGAUAAGAUUAAUGAUUAUGAUUGAUAAAGUACAUGGGUGUCCUUCACAGUGCCUUCUCUCUCUGUCUCAAUCUCUCAGUUCACCCUCUCUUUCGUUUUCCCUCUCUCUUUUGCUGUCUCUCUCACUUUGCAUUCCCCAGCCACCAGUCCUCGGAUCCAGCGGUGGAUGAGGACAGCGAUGGGAGAAACUGA